AUGGCUAAACCAUCGUCACCACCGGCAACCGCAAUCCGCACCCUAAUCUACUACCUCUCAGAACACCCUUCCAUCGUCGAAUUCCGUUGGAGUCACACUCACUCAUGGGGCUCCACCUGGUCCUUCCUCUUCACCUCCAUAGCCACCUACCUCAUCCUCUCUCUUUUCCUCCACCUUUCCCUCUCCCUCCUCUUCCCCAACCGCCGCCACAUCCCCCUCGGCCCCAUCCCCGCCGUCCACAGCCUCACCAUGUCCCUCAUCUCCGCAACAAUCUUCACCGGAACCCUAAUCUCCGCCGUUUCCGAAAUUCGCGACACACGCUGGUUCUGGCACCGUUCCAAAACCCCAUUCCAAUGGCUCCUCUGUUUCCCCCUAGGAACACGUCCCUCCGGCCGCGUCUUCUUUUGGUCCUACGUUUACUACCUCUCCCGCUUCCUCCACAUGUUUCGCACAAUCAUAACCAUCCUAAAACGCCGCAGGUUGUCGUUUUACCAACUCAUAAACAACUCCGUCUCCACCUUUGUCUCCUUCCUCUGGCUCGAAUUCUCGCAAUCCUUUCAAGUUCUCGCGAUUCUCUUCGCAACUCUCGUUUACUCUCUGGUCUACGGGUACAGAUUCUGGACUGCAAUCGGACUCCGAUCCGCUUGUUUUCCGUUCGUGUUGAACUGUCAGAUUGUGUUGUUGGGUUGUAACGUGGCGUGUCAUGUUGGAGUUUUCUUGAUUCAUUUCUUUUUCAAAGGUGGGUGUAAUGGCAUAGGUGCCUGGGUUUUCAACUCUGUUCUCAACACUGGUGUUCUUGUCAUCUUCCUCAAUUUUUACGUCAGGAUCUAUGUUAUCGGCAAAUUUAAGAGGAGAAAAGUUGAAGAGAAUGAGUCCAUGGAUCCUCAUACUUAUUACUGA